AUGGGCCUCUUCACACUACCACGAUUACUACGCGGCGACGACGACGACGACGACGGCAGUAGUAAUCGUGGUGUCAGUACUCUGGAGGACGAUAAUAGGGAAAAUGAUGACGAGGAACAAAGAUUGAUGUCUUCGUCAUCAAUGAGAACAUCGUCAUCAUGGUCGUCAAGAAAGAGAAGCGGUGUCUUCCAGUUUGCGAUUUUUGGAUGCGCAUUCCUCUUCUUCGCGCUCGGGUACGUUUCUUCACCGACGAGGCCGAUUUUAUCCUCUCAAACAUCGUCGUCUUCUCCUUCUUCUUUGAACAGUAGAAGGGGCGCAUCAUUUUCUGUCCCAAGUCUCGGUUCCUCCUCUUCGCAAAAGAGCGGUCGCCAUCGAUUUGAACUCCUCGGAGGAGGAGGAGGAAAAAAAAGAGAAGACGAAGAAAAAGAAGACAAAGAAGAAGACAGAGGAGAAGCAAAAGAAACGAACGCUUUGGACGCAGAGUUAGAGUUGGAAAAAGACGAACAUCUUUUAGAGCACUUGCAAAAGUCUUUGAACGAUAAUAUCGAGACGCAAGAAAAGGAGACGCUGAAACUCGUCGAGAUGAAAGUAGACGAACAAGACGCGGAAAAAAUGCAAGAAGAGGAAGAACUGACCGAAGAAGAGCUCGGCAUUCAUCACAACAGCCACGGAGAGGACGAAGCGUCGAAUACCGGUAGUAUUGAUAAGAGUAGCAGUAAAAAUAUUAAAGAGGACGGGUCCGAGCUUGGAUUUAAAGAGGAAGACAACGAAAGUGGGAUGAAAAAUGCAACAUCGAGGAGGAAGACGACGACGACGUUCGAGGACUCUCUACUGACGAACGUUUCGUCCGAGCUCGACGAGGUGAUUCGCGACGGGAAGCAAUCGAUGAUCGAUGGUAGAGAUGUCACGCCUCGUGCGGCGGCUUUUGAACGCAUGGACGAUGAGCUCAAGGACGUUUUAGAUGCCGUACACGCCGUCGACGGCAGCGGCGGUGAGAACAGCGAGAAUCAAAGAAAUAACGUAAAACUCGCUCGAGAGAAAGUGUUGUCUUCGUCGUCUUCUUCCUCGUCAUCUUUCGAUCGCGGAGACAGAAAGAUAACGACGCCGAAAGAUAAUCCCGAGGAAACACUCGGUUGGACUGAAGUAGACGCAACGACUAUCGAUCCCGAAAGUAUCACCGAAAGUGCGCAGUCUGGAGUACGUUCGCUCGUUCUUAAUCCAGAGAUUGUCCACGAAUUGAAGGAAAAAUUCGAAGACAUGAAGAAUAAAGGCGAAGUCCAAGUGGAAGGUAACUGGAAAAAAUUCGAUGCCGAGGCCAAGGAAGAAAAGAAGCAAAUGAAGGAGGCGAAGAAGAUGGAGGAGAUUGUUGAAGAAUCGUCUAAAAUUCUCGACGAUAUCGACGCGGUGCGCAUGGCGCAAAGCUUAGACGCGGGAGCUGGGAGUAAAAGUUUCUCGUGGACUUUUUCCUACUUGUAUUUUCCGUUGAUUGUUUUCUUUUCAGUUUUGUUAGCAGUCAUCGCGCUGCUCAUAAAAACGUCAGAUAAGAACAAAUUGAAACGAUAUGGAUCCACGGGUUCAUUCGAUCGAUCCAGUCCAAAGCGUAAGGGCAAAAGUAGACUGUAUACGCUCGGAGAGGAAGAGGAGAUCUAUCAAACUGCCAAGGAUAACACGUAUCCCGAUUUUUCGAACCUGAGGGACUUUGAAAAAGGAAAUCGCAUUUAUAAUAGUAGCAUAGAGAGCUUCGAUGACGAGUACGAAGAUGACGAUUACGACGAUGACUCUCUCGACGACGAGGAGGAUGGUAGUUGUGAGGACGAUUUCGACGAGGAAGCCUUGUCGGAAAGAUCUUCCGACGUAUCUUCUUUCCAAGGUUUCCGAGAGAAAGCAAUCGCAGUCGCUAAAGCAGCCGAAGAGUUUUUAGCGAACGGCAAAGGAGCUACCGUGCGCGUUUCCAACGCCGGUACUUUUCAUGGCGCUUCUAAGUAUGGCGCAAACGAAAACGGGAGAGAUGAAAAAGACGACGUCGGCGUUACGUCUUUGAAAAAGAAAGAGAGUCACAACAACAACGAGAACGGGCAAAAAUCUUCCUUUAUAAAAAGCUCCACGACGAAAUGGAUAUAG